AUGACUGGACUUUUCCUAGCUGAGAUUCAAGAAGCAGCUUCAAUCGCUGGCCAAAUGACAAUUAAUCCAUUCAAAAACAUCUAUGCAAUUAUCUGUGGUUUGAUAUGGACUUUUGAUGCCGAUGCUGAACGUAUGCUUUUUAUGCUUGAUACCGACUGUCCAAUACAAAAUACCGAUUUCAAUACAGCAUGGUAUCAACUUGGUGCUGGUGAAUAUGAUUAUGUACCAGCAUCCUCAUUUAUUCAGACUGUUAUGCCAUUAAUUCCACAAACAUAUAUAUGA